AUGGGCGAAAAUUGUUUUCCAUCGGAAAUGAAAUAUUUACGUUCAACAGAUGCGAAUUCUAAUGAUAGUAUUACUGAUGUAACAACAGCUAAUGAAUGGGCAGCAAAUAAAUUUGUUUGGGUACCUGAUAAACAAGAAGGUUUUGUUUAUGGUCAGAUCUGCGAAGAACAAAAUGAUGGACAAUUAAUCGUUGAUUUAGAAAAUGGAAAACAAAUUAGAAUUUCCAGAGAUGAUAUUCAACACACUAAUCCUCCAAAAUUUAGUAAAGUUGAAGAUAUGGCAGAAUUAACUUGUUUAAACGAUGCAUCAGUUUUAUUUAAUUUAAAAGAACGUUAUAAUUUUCGAUUCAUUCACACCUAUGCCGGUUUAUUUUGUGUGGUCAUUAAUCCAUAUAGACGUUUACCAAUCUACUCGGAAAAUGUGAUUAAAAUGUAUAAGGGAAAAAGACGUGAGCAAAUGCCACCACAUAUAUUUGCUGUUGUAGAGAAUGCAUAUCGCUUAAUGUCACAACAUCAAAAAGAUCAGUCGAUUUUAUGCACAGGUGAAUCUGGUGCUGGUAAAACUGAAAAUACCAAAAAUGUUCUUCAGUAUCUAGCAUACAUUGCUUCUGCACCGAAAUGCUUACAAUGUCUUGAGGACAAGGGUGAAAGUGAACUUGAAUCCCAACUUCUUCAAGCCAAUUCAAUUCUUGAAGCAUUCGGUAAUGCUAAAACAGUCAAAAAUGAUAAUUCAUCACGUUUUGGUAAAUUUAUUCGUAUUAAUUUUGAUGCAUCGAAUUUUAUUGCUAGUGCAUCAGUUGAAACAUAUCUCUUAGAAAAAUCUCGAAUCCUCCGUCGGGCAAAAGAAGAACGUACAUUUCAUAUUUUUUAUCAAUUGUUACGUGGUGCAAAUACCACAAUGAUUAGCGAUUACUUAUUAGAAGAUUUUAGUUGUUAUCGAUAUAUGACACAAGGAAAUAUGACAAUACCAGGUACCGAUGAUGCUGAAGAAUUUAAAAAUACAGUUAAAUCCAUGCAAGUUAUGAAUAUAUCAUCCAACGAACUGAAUUCCAUCUUUCGAACAAUAUCAGCUGUACUUCAAAUGGGUAAUAUACAAUUUAAACAACAUAACAGUGAUCAAGCAAUCCUGCCAGAUGAUACUAUUGCUCAAAAAGUUUGUCAUUUAUUAGGGAUACCAGUUACAGACUUUGUUCGAUCAUUUUUAAAACCAAAACUCAAAGUUGGAGGAGAAUUUGUCACUAUAGAUCAAACUCAAGCUCAAGUUGAAUUUGCUGUGGAAGCUAUAUCGAAAUCAAUUUAUGAACGGAUGUUCAAAUGGCUUGUAACACGUAUUAAUCGUUCACUAGAUCAAAGUAAACGUCAAGGUUCAUCAUUUAUUGGUAUUCUCGAUAUUGCUGGUUUUGAAAUCUUCCAAUUAAACUCUUUUGAACAAUUAUGUAUUAAUUAUACAAAUGAAAAAUUACAACAAUUAUUUAAUCAUACAAUGUUUGUGCUUGAGCAAGACGAAUAUCGAAAAGAAAAUAUUGAUUGGGAAUUUGUGGAUUUUGGAUUAGAUCUUCAACCUACAAUUGAUUUAAUUGAAAAUCAAAUGGGAAUAUUGAGUUUAUUAGAUGAACAAUGUUGGCUUCCGACGGCGACAGAUGAAGGUUUUGUCGCUAAAUUAAUCAGUGCUCAUGGGCGGCAUAAAAAAUUCAUCAAUAUUCGCGAUUCAUAUGCAGCAGGUAACUAUAAGGAUUUGAGUAAAUGA